GUGAGAGUUUAGCGACAGGGACGAUCUCUCUUCAUAUCUUCUGGCGAAGUAGAAAAAUGCUUCUUGCCAGUCACAGAAGAUGGCCAUGACCAGCGAAGCGGAGGAUCAAAGUAUCCGGAGAUCACGGAAGUUACUCCAGGAGAUUGAGUCAAGGCCGCCGCCACCUCCGCCGCUCGCGCAAUCGAAAAGAACAGGCAAUCUUCUGGACACGCAGAUUGUCAUAGUACUCGGCGCGGUACUCUGUGUGCUCAUAUGCGCGGUGUGGCUCCAUUCCGUGGUACGGUGCAUGGUACGGCGAAACCGGCGGCAGCCGGUGGCGACCGUCAUCGGCGGCGGCGAUGACGAGAGCGCCGCCGGGCUGGACGCGAAGACCAUCUCCGCGUUGCCCGUCGUGCCGGCCUCGGUGGACGGGCACGACCGGCAGGCACCCGUGGGGCCGGUCGCUCUUAGCAGCAAUUCCGAGUGUAUUGUUUGCUUGCAAGAGUUUGGGCAUGGCGAGAGGAUGAAGCUCCUCCCAAAUUGCGGCCAUGGAUUUCACGUCGAUUGCAUUGGCGCGUGGUUGAUGUCCCACUCGUCGUGCCCGAUCUGCCGCCACAGGGUCUUGGAGCCGCCGUCGCCGUCGCGAUCGUCGCGAUCGUCGCCAUCGCCCGGCGAUUCGAGCUCGUCCGUCCUUCUCUCGUCGCCACUUAUGCGCCAGUUCCAACACCAGCUCAAUUCGCAGCAGCGAUCCUUCCGGCGCCAGCAGCAGCAGCAGCAGCCCAAUCCGGAUCUCGUCCUCCAGCACAAUCGAUUCGCCCAUCAGCUCCGCCAAUUCCACCUCCAGCAAGAACCAUCGUCUUCCGCGCUGUACGAAACGACCAACGGCCGGAGCCUUGCCACGUAGCGGCCACAUCGGACGGUUGUCGUUCAAGGCCAUCGGACGGUUUUCGUUUGAGGCCGUCCGCGUUGACGGUCAAUUAGGAUUAGAUGCGAAUGCGAAGAAACAAUGGCUUGUUUUGUUUGAGGAGGAGAGCAAAUGCCGUGCCGCGCUCGUUUUGGAGUUCUUUUCUACCUAUCUUAGGGCUAGAAAAAUGUAGUCAUUCACCCCUGGGCCAAUAAAAGAUCUGGAAACA